CUUGACUGGGCAAUGUGCAUACACUCAUAGCAACAGCAGCAGCAUUCGGGUUGUCUUUCUCUUCUUUUUUUUCUCUCUCUCACUGAUGGUUUUUCUCUAGACCGACCGCAUUUAUAAGGAGUGGCACCGUCAGCGCGUUCCCUUUAGGCACGAGACAGUCCGACGACGCGGAAGGCGAUUCUUCCGCUUACGAAAAGUUGUCUACGACCAUGGCUGACUACGCGGGCAAAGCUCCCCUCUUGCACGCCGUGAUGUUUUUCGCCACGGUUUUGUCCUGGGUGUCAGCGGAACCCUUCUGCCUCGAAAUCGACGGCCACAAGUACCGGCGCAUAAUCUGCCGAGAGUUCGAGUCUCCCGACGACUUUCAGAAACACGUACCGCGAAGCGAAUCUCCCAAGGAUACCUGGUUCCUCCUCAUCGACAGUGCCAUGGACCGCCUUCCUCCGGCCGCUUUCGCGGGUCUCAACGUUUCGGAGCUGGUUCUCAGCAACGUCGUCCUGAGCUCGCUGGACGCGCCGGAAGGCGGUGAGGGACCGCUUUCCGGGCUCGAGACCUCACUGCAGAAGAUGGUCUUUCGCAGGGACAGUACGUUGCCUUCGUCCUGGUCGCAGCUGGGCAACAUGACCGCUCUGCGAGAGCUACACCUACAGCGCUACCCGAAUCUCAACCUGACGCGCGACUUCGGCAAGCUUCCGGCAAGCCUGAAGCUCGUGUUCGUGUUCGACUCAUCGGUGAACAGGGUGGACGACGACUGGCUCGUGGAUCUGACCAACUUGGAGACGGUCAUCGUGCGCGUCACCAACCUGGCGGUCUUCACGCGCUCCAUGCUUCCGAAUCCUGCGCCCAGGCUGAGCACUCUGGAUUUGGCCGAGAACCAGCUGGCAGCGUUUCCGCGAGGUAUCGGCGAGGACCUUCCGGCACUGCAGUUCGUCAACCUCGAGGACAACAGGAUCACGACCCUUGACGAAAAAGAGGUUGCACCGCUGCACAGAGACACCGUGCUUCUACGACUCAUAGGCAACCCGAUGUACUGCGACUGCCGGCUGUGGUUCCUUCUGGACUACACGGACAGAUGGCACUACUUCCUGUGCCAGGCGCCCGAGAUCCACCGGGGUCGCUACAUCAAGAUGCUGUCGGAACCGGAGCUGCCCUGCGGAUACGGGCCGGCCCCUGAGCUCGGCAUCGUCGACGAAUCUUCACCGCCCGCGGCCAAUGCUUCGCAGCCUCCCACCCAAGUCACGCCUUCGCAAAAUGCCUCCGCCUCCUCCACUGCGUAAUGAACAAAGUUGUUGCAAAUAUCAAUUAAGCCAAACAAUAUUCGCGCAGAACCAGCUCCAGUUGCUGUCCGUGUGAGUACGAGAGGAACAACUCAACGAUUUGACUGAGGGUGAAUGGAGAUUGCGUUGUUGUUAUAACAGUGGACACGUGUUAUAUACUUGGAGGUGCUUUCUGUCGCAUAUAUUUUCUUUAUUCAAGGAUAGUAUUACUAUUUAGCAUAUAUUUAUUAUGCAGUCAGAUCAGAUCAAGUAACUUAAUUGAGUGCCCUGCAAAUUGCUGGUAUGGGUCAUGGACCCCACCUUGGUUUCGGCCAAGGCUUGAUGGCCCUUGGCGGCUACCUCGGCUAGCUGGACGGCCCACAGUUGGUGCUCCAGGCCCUAGCUGAGCAACGCAGACUGCCAGCGCGCGCAUGAGGCUGUCGUUGUUAGAAACUGCAUUACGGCUAUUGUUUAUUAAAGCCAAGGAUGUAUUGUCUCUUGA